AUGAAUCCAGUUCGGCAAGACAACACACAUCUGAGCCAUGGCAUGGGGCUUGAGUGGGAGCUCGCAUAUCAGAGAGUCCUCGCUGAGCACCCCGAGCCGUGGAAGAUUUACACGCCCGUCCACCAACCAGCAUGGGAACGCGCGUAUCGACAAGCUGAGGCUGUCUCCACGGAUCAGGCUCAAAGUUCAAGUACUCACUCUAGACAUCUGCAUAAUCAGACACAAGCGACGCAUUCCACUCAAAUUAUGCGUCAGACUCAUGCGGAUGACCACAUUCAAGUGACGGGCCAGUAUCCGAGGAUGUGGUAUCCUCAGCAAGCGACAUACACGCCAGGCCCCGAGGAAGCAAGAGGGUCUCUUCAACCCACAUCUCCCCCCUUCUGUAUGCCCUCGCCAGAGCACAUUUAUGUGCGUUCAGCGAAACUCGGAGACUUCAAGGAUGUCCUCCGAAUCAUCAACUGGUACUCGACCAGAUACGCACUGAACUGGACGUCCAAUUUCCUCACCAUUGCAGACUACUUCCAAUUCCUUCAAGUCUGCCUGAUCCAAAACCUUCCCUUCUUGAUCCUGGUCAAAGUCGACGCCUCUCCGAGCAGCUCCGCAACAACGACUCCGAUUCCCGGCAAUGAAACCAUCUGCGGGUUGGCUUACAUUGACAUCUUCGAGGGCGAUUCUUUGUUGGGUGACUUGCGAGUCUAUGUCUGCCCCAAGAUGAAUGGCCGUGGCUAUGGUAAUCGGCUGGUAGAUUGUAUUCUGUCAAUCAUGGACUGGAAUCAUCAACCCCAGUUCCUCACCGAAUGCCAACUAGAAGACCUCAUGGAGAAGUCACUGCCUCGAUUGAAGCAGUUGACAUGCGCUAUUUCUUACCCAGCACAGCGGGAAGAAGAGCAUGCAUACAUCUGGCACUGGCUGAUGAGACGAUUUGCCUUCAAAUAUGAAGGUGAAUCGAAACAGGACCGACCAAAGCAUGGCCAUGCUGAGAACUUCUUUUGCCUGAGCCGUGGUAUCAACAAAAAGCAGCCCACUACGGUAGACGCGUACCCAGACGCUUACAUGCAGGGGCAGAUCACGGCCGGACAAGAUAACAGCUCACAAGCUCAGCACUUGAGCAGAGCUGAAAUCACAUGGCGUGAAAAGAAGCAGACAGGGCAGGUCGGGUGA